AUGCCAUUCUUUGAUGGUUCACUGCCAGCAGUGCCUUUGAGCACUCCUCUCGGUGUUCAUGCGGAGGCCGUUUCUGCGACCAGUAUUCGGGUUUCGUGGACGGAAUCAGAUCCAAAUGCUUUCAAUGUAAUCUACACUGUGCGCUACAGUACAAAUGUUGAUAGCAAUCAAGCUCGCUUCAUAAAUUCGUCCGAGUCAUGGGUCACUAUUGAUGGUCUUCGUCCUGACACCGAAUACGAAUUUUCAGUCCGAUCGCAAGUAGCCGGUUCCAGUCCAAGUCCUUGGAGUAUGGUGGCCAGAAAUAAAACCCACGCAUCCGCUCCCUCAUCUUCACCACGUGAUCUCACUGUUCUCCCCGCUGCAUCAGGUGAUCCCCAUGCCGUUUUGCUGAACUGGCAGCCUCCGAAAUAUUCAAAUGGUGAAGUUGAAGAAUAUCUGAUUUAUUAUACUGACCGGGUUAUGCAAGCCGAUAAGGACUGGAAAAUUCAUUACGUCCAUGGCGACAAGCUAAGUCACGAGAUUCGAAAUCUCCUCCCUAAAACUACCUACUACUUCAAAAUCCAAGCUCGCAACGAGAAAGGUUAUGGACCGCUUUCGCCAGUACAGACUUUGGAACCUUUCGGAAGCGGUUCUCGACCGACGGGCGCAGUUGUACCUCCUACAGGAAAGGGAUCAAGUCUGCGAUGGAAUGACCUAUUGGCUCUGCUCACUUCGAAUCCGAUGUACAUUGCUAUUGUAGUCGCGUUUGCAGUCCUUGUGCUUCUCUGCAUCGUUCUUAUUAUGAGUUUACUAGCUCUACAUUAUGGGGCUUGUCUUGAAGAAGCCGCUACAAUAAUUUCGUAUAGGAAUUCAAAAAAUCCUGGUUAUACCGCUGGGAAAAAGGCGAGCGUUCAACAACAAGGUGCAGAUCUCUGGAUAGAUCAUCCUGGUGGUAAUAAUAUGCGAGGAGGACCGUCGGACUACAUGGUCAAUGGGAUAGGUGCAUCGGUAGUGGAUAUGAAACACUUAGCCGGUCCUGAUGUGGUUGAGUCACCGCCUCCACGAUAUCAUGGCUUACAAGUUCGUCACAGCCGAACACCUGGCCGAAAUUCCAUCUCCUCAUACGACGAAGAGAUGCGGCGUUUGGAACUUGAAGGUCGCCGUCCUAUUAUAGUAGGUCGUGCCAAGCCGAUUCUUGCAUCAGUCGUCGGUUAUGGACCGUCUUCGGAGGAGAGCCAAGGAACUCUGUCACGGAGCUACCACCAUUCGCAAUCGAGUCUCGAAGGUCAACGACAAAGAACACCUCAAGUGGUGUAUACGGGCUCCGGACGGCAUCAGCCAAUUGCCAAGAUAGAAUUCGGUGAUUCCCCGUACGGUUCGACAUCAGCGUUAGAACCUGAAACACCACCCGUACCGCUGCAAGCACCACCAGCUGGCCCUCCUGUUGUUGAUGGCUACCGCACUCUGCGUGGAGGAGUCACACCUACGAAUCAAAGCCAAGGCGCUCUUCGGUACACUCCAGCACUUCUCCGAUUGCUCUCUAUAGUCUAUUUAUUGCUGUUUAUAGGUCGUUUACCCAGCUUAGCAGGCACACCGCCACCACCCAUCGGAGGCCAAGUGUCCACCCAGCAGCAACCUCGUGCCAUAGUGGUAGCGGCUGGUGGCAGACAACUGCCUGUUGGGAGGGCAACUGCCCAGCCAAGAGUCAAUGUGACGAACAUUUAUAGCCCGUAUGCAUCCUGCUCUUCCGACACCGAGGCUGAAAAGAAACCGGUUCACGUUGAUGUGGAUACUGCAAGCAAUUCGGCUGGAGUUCGGCCUUCAAAUUCAACGGAGGAACUGAAUGCCCAGAUGGAAAACCUUGAUACCAUGAUAGACGACCUGCAAGCGCUCCAACACGAAUUUGGUGUCGAGGUUCAGUGGCCAGUCUUCUUGCCAAAUGUUCUUGGGCCGGGUUCACAAAAGGGGCUGUCUACGGAAGGAGCCCAGCGGUUUGAGAGCUCAUCGUCCAAUUCCUGCUCCGCAAAACCUAGCAUGGAUGGAUUGAAUCCACUCAGCAAAAAGGAUUGA